ACCUAUGACGUGGCCGCGAUCCUUACCAGUAUUCAGAGGUAAGGACUCUUGUCUGCCUUGCUUAUCCCCGAUCAAUCACGAGGCGGGAAUAAAACGAUGCUAACGAACGCUUUUCUGUCUAUAGCUUGCUCAACGACCCGAACACCUCUUCCCCCGCCAAUGUAGAAGCCUCGAACCUGUACAAAGAUAACCGCAAGGAGUACAUCAAGCGAGUGCGCGAGACCGUCGAGAAGAGCUGGGAAGAUUAGAGACGAGAGAGGAGGGGAGACGACUAUGAUAUAUUGCUAUACGCGGGUUUGGAUCUCUUGGUUCAUGGCGAUGUUGACAAUGUCUUGCCCUGUGUUCCACCUGGGCUUGAUGCCCAAGGCAUUGAUCAUGCUCUUGUGGAGAUGCAAGGGCAGUGAACCCAAGGGACUUGCACCCCGUUGAUGACGUGCACAGCGUGGGGUUUUGGCGCCUGGUUACAUCUUGAUCUGUUCUUCUUAUCGUGAUCUCCCAUUGGUAAUUAUGAAUAACUGCAUCGGUUUCAUGUUAUGCUCAUGUUGUUUGUUGUUUGUUGUUUCACUUGAAUGCAUUUGACUUUGGUGUCUCCUUACUCUUUACUACUACUGCAUGUCAGAUACUCGGCCCGACCACUCGGCCUGCUUUGCAUUCUUUUCCAAUUUGAGUUUCCAUUCACAGACCGUCUGCCAGUGAUUUCAGUUCCGCCAUGAUGUAGUCUCACCCCAACAUUCCUGCCU